ACAUUUAGACAGUGUAGUAUGGUAACACUGUUUCCUAGCUUUUCUUUUUCACUCGGCUAAUCGAGCGUGUACGUCGCUGUGAUAAAUAAAAUUUUAAAUCGCAGCCAUGGUACGUAUGAACGUUCUUAGUGAUGCUCUUAAAUCCAUUAACAACGCGGAAAAGCGUGGAAAGAGGCAGGUUCUCUUGAGGCCUUGCUCAAAAGUAAUUAUUAAAUUUUUGACUGUCAUGAUGAGAAAAGGCUAUAUUGGUGAAUUUGAGAUCGUCGAUGAUCAUCGGAGUGGCAAAAUUGUAGUAAAUCUUAGCGGAAGAUUAAACAAAUGUGGUGUUAUUUCACCCAGAUUCGAUGUCCCAAUCAAUGAUAUCGAAAAGUGGACUAAUAACCUUUUACCAUCACGUCAAUUUGGAUACGUCGUCUUGACCACCAGCGGAGGAAUUAUGGAUCACGAAGAAGCCAGGAGAAAACAUCUGGGAGGAAAGAUACUUGGCUUUUUCUUUUAAUUUUUAUUUAAUUCAAUAAAAAUUUCAUAAGACAUA